AUGAUCCCAUCAAAUUUGACAUAUUUGUUUCUCGCUCUGCAAAUUGUUCGAGCCAGUCAUCAAGCGCCGUCUUACAGCCUGCCAUCAGAAGAGUCGAUCACCGCCGCGGCACCAGGAAUACUCCGUAAUCGUGAUGGACAUUCUGGUUCCAGUCGUGCCGUAACGGAAGCUGCCCAGAGGCAGAUCGAGGGCAAGGGAAAGCACCUGCAGUCCAAUCAACACUGGCAAGAAGGAGUUAACAACGCAAAUCUGGAUAAUGCAAUUAGGCUAGAUCUCACCCCGCAGGUAGUGGAAAGCAAUGAUAUCCGUCAGCAAAUAUAUAAUUUUGGGAAUAUGUACCCUAAAGAUUACUUAAUUUGGGACAUCACUCGGAAAUUAUUAAACAUCCAUGAAGAUUGGAUUGGGAGUGCUGGAGAUUAUCCCAGAUUGGUAAAAGGAUGGAGAGCAUUAUUGAAAUUAAUUGAAGAAGCAGGCCGAUUGAAUUUGGACCGCAACCAUCCAUUAGUCAGAGGACGGUUGAUCUUCAUCGCGUCUUCCUUAGUAAAUUACCUGACAAAUGACAAUCUAACACCACCAGAAGUUCUCGAUGUCCUUUUACAAUGGCAAAGAGACAAUUUUCCGCGAGUCGUCAAGUCCUUCGUUGAAUCCGAAAUCCUCUUCGGUUGGUUGGAAUCGGAGAAACCUACUGUGUUCACCCCAACAAUAAAAUUUCUUAUGACUAACAGGAGUUUUAAACCCCUUAGAAGAUCCUUAAAAGCUCUUGAUGAUGAAGGUGAAGAUCGGGUUGUGUUUGCUUUUCUGUGUGCCAUGAUGGAGUUUUUGGAACGCGAAAGAAACAAGUGGAACAACACGCGACAUUUCUUUCACGAUUUCUUCCGUCCGUUCCUCAAGUCCAAAGACCCAUAUGGGAUGAUCCAAAAGUAUGACACUUGGGAUAAGAUGAUAAAAGCGGGCUCCAAUUUCUUCCAACAAGGAAACAUGGACCUUAUUGAGAAACAACUGAACGGGGAUGGUGGGAGGUGGCACCAGCUGGAACUUGUGACAGUUUACUUUUUUCUGAAGUAUGUUAAAAAUAUGAAGAAAGAAAACGUAGAGGAAGCUUCCAGGUUUGAAGAUUACUUAGAAGGGGAGCUAGACCGGCACAAAAAAUUCAUAGAAGAGAUAAUUCCAGGAUUUAAAAUUCACAAAUCAAGGAAAGUGAAAAAUAAUUCAACAGAAGCUUCAAAGAAGAGAGGAGAUUAUUGA